CGCGCCCCCCUGCGCGGCGACUGUGAUGGUGGCGGACUCGCCGGAGGACCGACUCAGGUUUCCAGGACCGCCGAAUGGACGCCGAUGGACUCCCGCAGGUGAGCUGCGCGUGCUCCAGGGCCGACCCCGCAUCUCGUCUCUGGCUUAGGAGGUUUACAGGAUUUGUCUCCAGACCUAGAGUCGUGAGAUCAAACGCAGGCGGUCACACCUCCGGCCGCAUGGACGGGCUCCGGUUUUUGGAAAGCAGUGCGAUCAGAUGUGGAAGGUGGUCCGGGCUUAGAUACCUGACAGGCAUUAGCUUGAAGGACUGUGUGACUUUCGAGGAUGUGGCCAUUUACUUCUCUGUGGAAGAGUGGGGGCUUCUUGAUGAGGCUCAGAGGCUCCUGUACCUUGGUGUGAUGCUAGAGACCUUUGCCCUCAUCACCUCCCUGGUAUGUUGGCACGGAGUAGAGAAUGAAGACACACCUUCUGAGCAGGUUUCUGUAGGAUUGUCACGAGUCAGGACUUCAAACACAGAUCCAUCUGGCCCAGAAGCUCAUCCCUGUGGAACAUGUAAUCCAGUCCUGCGAGGCUGUUUGCACCUGGCUGAUCAACCUGUGCAGAAGCCAUUCUUGCUUGGGGCAUGUGCAAAACUUCACCAGGACCAGAAUCGUCUCAAUUCAGAGAAAACUUGGCAAGAGGACAUAGACAACACUUCAUUCGUGAGGAGCUGCAGAUUCCCCAUGUCAGGAAAGGCUUCCGGGAGCCAGGAGGCUGGAAAGGACCUCCUGACCACAUUAGACUUUAUCCAACUCCAGGCCAUUUCCCAAGGUGAGAAGCUGUUGACAGGUGCUGAGGGAAAGGCAGCUUUUCAUACCCAAAUAAGCCAUUACAAGUGGGACCAGUGCGAAAGAGCAUCCAGGCAUGAGCAUACUCAUGUUUCCCACCCAAAAGUCUAUGCUGGAAAAAGGCUUUAUGAGUCUACCCAGUGGGAGGAAGGUUACCGUUGCAAGUUCUCACUCCAGAGAGGCCACAGUGGAGAAAGGCCUUACAAGUGCACUGAAUGUGGGAAAUCUUUUAGCCAAACCUCCCACUUGAAUGACCACCUCCGGAUCCACACUGGAGAAAGACCUUAUGAGUGUGGCCAAUGUAGGAAAUCAUUUAGCCAAAGAGCCACACUCAUUAAACAUUACAGAGUUCACACUGGAGAAAGGCCUUAUGAAUGUGGAGAGUGUGGGAAAUCCUUUAGCCAGAGCUCCAACCUCAUUGAACACUGCAGAAUUCACACUGGGGAGAGACCCUAUGAGUGUGGGGAGUGUGGAAAAGCUUUUGGGUCCAAAUCUACCCUGGUCCGGCACCAGAGAACUCACACAGGAGAAAAACCGUAUGAAUGUGCUGAAUGUGGGAAGUUUUUUACACAAAGUCAUAGUCUCCUCGAGCACCAGAUCAUUCACACUGGAGCAAGGCCUUUUGAGUGUAGCCAGUGUGGAAAAUCCUUCAGCCUAAAGUAUGGCCUCAUUCAACACCAGUUGAUUCACAGUGGAGCAAGGCCUUUUGAGUGUGACCAGUGUGGAAAAUCCUUUAGCCAAAGAACCACCCUCAACAAACACAACAAAGUUCACACCGCAGAAAGGGCUUACGAGUGUGGAGAGUGUGGAAAAGCUUUUAUGUUCAAAUCCAAACUUGUUCGACACCAGAGAACUCACACUGGAGAAAGGCCUUAUGAAUGCAGUGAAUGUGGGAAGUUCUUCAGACAAAGCUACACCCUUGUGGAACACCAGAAAAUUCACACUGGGUUAAGGCCUUAUGAGUGUGGCCAAUGUGGGAAAUCCUUUAUUCAAAAGUCAGGCCUCAUUCAACACCAGGUAGUCCACACUGGAGAAAGGCCUUACGAGUGUGGCAAAUGUGGGAAAUCUUUCACUCACUCCUACUCGCUUGACCAGCACCAGAGAGUCCACACCGGGGAGAGGCCAUGGGAGUGCCAUGACUGCGGGAAAUUCUUCAGCCAGACCUCCCACCUGAAUGACCACCGGAGGAUCCACACUGGAGAAAGGCCCUACGAGUGCAGCCAGUGUGGAAAGCUGUUCAGACAAAACUCUAGCCUUGUGGACCACCAGAAAAUUCACACUGGAGCAAGGCCCUACGAGUGUAGCCAGUGUGGGAAAUCUUUUAGUCAGAAAGCCACCCUUGUUAAGCACCAGAGGGUCCACACUGGGGAAAGGCCUUAUAAGUGUGCCGAAUGUGGGAAUUCUUUCAGCCAAAGUGCCAUUCUUAACCAGCACCGGAGGAUUCACACUGGAGCAAAGCCCUACGAGUGUGAGCAGUGCAGAAAAUCCUUUAGCCAGAAAGCUACCCUCAUUAAACACCAGAGAGUUCACACCGGAGAGAGGCCUUAUAAAUGUGGCGACUGUGGGAAGUCCUUCAGCCAGAGCUCCAUCCUAAUUCAGCACCGGAGAAUUCACACCGGAGCCAGGCCCUAUGAGUGUGGCCAGUGUGGGAAGUCCUUCAGCCAGAAGUCUGGCCUCAUUCAGCACCAGGUAGUUCACACUGGAGAAAGGCCCUACGAAUGUGACAUGUGUGGGAACUCCUUUAGCCAGUGCUCCAGCCUCAUUCACCACCAAAAGUGUCACAGUAUGUAGUGCCCCAUAAAAACAAAUGUGAAGGGCUAGGAGGGUGGCUCAGUGGUAGAGUGCUUGCCUCGCAUGCAUGAGGCCCUGGGUUCAAUUCCUCAGCACCACAU